GAAUGGGACUGAAAAAAGAAAACACCAUCAUGAUGAGGAGAAAUCCACUGGUGUAAAGGAAACAUUGUUUCAACUCCAGGAGGGGGAAAAAAGGAUGCAUCGUCGUGUCCGAGCUGGCAUCGAGGCAUCAGGAAGGGCACCGGCGCGUUGCUAAAUGGAGUCGGAGCAGCUGUACCACAGAGGCUACUGCAGGAACAGCUACAACAGCAUCGCCAGCGCCAGCAGCGACGAGGAGCUGCUGGAUGGGGCCGGCGUCAUCAUGGACUUCCACACCACCGAGGACGACAACCUGCUGGAUGGGGACGCUGCCUCCCCAGGGUCUAACUACGUCAUGUCUAACGGGGGCGGGGCACCCAGCAGCACCACCCACCUGUUGGACUUCCUAGAGGAGCCCAUCCCUGGUGUGGGGACCUACGACGACUUCCACACCAUCGACUGGGUCCGCGAGAAAUGCAAGGACCGCGAGAGGCACCGGAAGAUCAACAGUAAGAAAAAGGAGUCAGCAUGGGAGUUCACAAAGAGCCUGUACGACGCCUGGUCUGGGUGGCUGGUGGUGACGCUCACCGGCUUGGCCUCAGGUGCUUUGGCUGGCCUGAUUGACAUUGCUGCUGAUUGGAUGAACGACCUGAAGGAGGGCGUGUGUCUGAGCGCCAUGUGGUUCAACCACGAGCAGUGCUGCUGGACGUCCAAUGAGACCACCUUCGCUGAGCGGGACAAGUGUCCUCAGUGGAAGACCUGGGCUGAGCUAAUACUGGGGCAGGCCGAGGGGCCCGGCUCGUACAUCAUGAACUACUUCAUGUACAUCUACUGGGCUCUGUCCUUCGCCUUCCUGGCCGUCUGUCUGGUCAAGGUGUUCGCUCCCUACGCCUGCGGCUCGGGGAUCCCUGAGAUCAAGACCAUCCUGAGUGGGUUCAUCAUCCGGGGCUACCUGGGCAAGUGGACCCUUCUGAUCAAGACCGUCACUCUGGUGCUGGCUGUGGCGUCUGGCCUCAGCCUGGGUAAGGAGGGCCCCCUGGUCCAUGUGGCCUGCUGCUGUGGGAACAUCUUCUCUUACCUCUUCCCCAAGUACAGCAAGAACGAGGCCAAGAAACGAGAGGUUCUCUCUGCUGCGUCGGCGGCUGGGGUGUCUGUUGCUUUUGGAGCCCCGAUUGGAGGAGUCCUCUUCAGCUUGGAGGAGGUGAGCUACUACUUCCCCCUCAAGACGCUGUGGCGCUCCUUCUUCGCCGCCCUGGUGGCGGCCUUCGUCCUGCGCUCCAUCAACCCGUUCGGCAACAGCCGUCUGGUGUUGUUCUACGUGGAGUACCACACGCCGUGGUACCUGUUCGAGCUCAUCCCUUUCAUCCUUCUGGGAGUCUUCGGAGGCCUCUGGGGCGCCUUCUUCAUCCGAGCCAACAUCGCUUGGUGCCGGCGGCGCAAGUCGACACGCUUCGGCAAGUACCCGGUGUUGGAGGUGAUCUUGGUGGCGGCCAUCACCGCCGUGGUUGCUUUCCCCAACCCGUACACACGUCAGAACACCAGCGAGCUGAUCAAGGAGCUGUUCACCGACUGCGGCCCGCUGGAGUCCUCGCAGCUCUGCCAGUACCGCGCACAGAUGAACGGCAGCAAGGCCUUCACCGACAACCCCAAUCGGCCUGCGGGGCCGGGCGUCUACGCCGCCAUAUGGCAGCUCUGCCUGGCGCUCAUCUUUAAAAUCAUCAUGACCAUAUUCACCUUUGGACUCAAGGUGCCGUCGGGUUUGUUCAUCCCCAGCAUGGCCAUCGGGGCGAUCGCAGGGCGAAUCGUCGGCAUCGCCGUGGAGCAGCUGGCCUAUUAUCACCACGACUGGUUCAUGUUCAGAGAGUGGUGCGAGGUGGGAGCGGACUGCAUCACUCCGGGGCUCUACGCCAUGGUGGGGGCCGCGGCGUGUCUGGGCGGUGUGACCCGUAUGACCGUGUCCCUGGUCGUCAUCGUCUUCGAGCUGACCGGCGGUUUGGAGUACAUCGUCCCCCUCAUGGCCGCCGUCAUGACCAGCAAGUGGGUGGGCGACGCGUUUGGCCGCGAGGGAAUCUACGAGGCCCACAUCCGUCUGAACGGAUACCCCUUCCUGGACGCCAAGGAGGAGUUCACGCACACCACGCUGGCGAGGGAUGUGAUGAGGCCUCGACGCAGCGACCCGCCGUUAGCGGUGCUGACGCAGGACGACCUCACGGUGGAGGAGCUGCAGAGCACCAUCAAUGAAACCAGUUAUAAUGGUUUCCCUGUGAUAGUGUCCAAGGAGUCCCAGAGGCUGGUGGGCUUCGCUCUGCGCAGGGACAUCACUAUCGCUAUAGAAAAUGCUCGUCGCAAGCAAGAGGGCAUCAUGUUGAACUCCAGGGUGUACUUCACCCAGCACGCACCCACCCUGCCGGCCGACAGCCCGCGGCCCCUCAAGCUGCGCUCCAUCCUGGACAUGAGCCCGUUCACCGUCACCGACCACACCCCCAUGGAGAUCGUGGUGGACAUCUUCAGAAAGAUGGGGCUGCGCCAGUGCCUGGUCACUCACAACGGGAUUGUUUUGGGCAUCAUCACAAAGAAGAAUAUAUUAGAGCAUCUGGAGGAGCUCAAGCAGCAAACGCCGCCGCUGGCGGCUGCUUGGUAUUAUCACAAAAAAAGAUAUCCUUCGUCACAUGGCUCAAAUGACAAACCAAGAUCCAGAGUCCAUCAUGUUCAACUGAUCCGCUCCUUCCAGGACAGUCGGGGGGGUGGCGGAGACGACAGCGAGGAAGAGGAGGUGAUGUGCCUCCUGGACGACUCCGAUCUCUAACAUUUGGACCCCGUUUUUUUUUUUUUUUUCUUUUUAGUUUUCAGCUUUGUUAGACCGUGAACCUCGCGGACUGGCUGUGGCCCCCCCAGAGACUUACCGGCCAUGAGAGGGAAAAGAUAAAAGACUUUGUUAUUAUCAUUGUGGCUGCUGAGGACAACACAGAGGUCAUCGGGUUGAAGGCACACACAUGAGGAAUGCACUUUUUACACACACACAAUCACAAAAAACACACUUUUGCACUUGCAGACACCGCAAACAUGCAUGCUCUCUCUCCACAUAACCUGUAAAGAAACACCCAUUUGCACUCUUCAUGUGCCUCACCCUUGUCCUGUCUCCGCUGGUAGACGUCGCCUGGCAGGGGUCAAAGGUCAGAAUGAACCGCCGAUGAAGGGACGCGAUGAGGGACCCUGAAAACCUCCAGGCUUCAGUUCAAAUAGACUCGCUUUCCUCACACACCAGACCUUGUCCGUCCUCCGGAGAAACACAUUGUUUACCUGUGAAUUAAGUGUGUGUGUGUGUGUGUGUGUGUGUGUGUGUGUGUGAGAACGUGUGUUCGUGUGUCCCCUAGCGCCACUACAUUCCAGCCCGGUUACCAUGGGAACUGAGAGGACGUGCACCUGCUCCUCAUCCCCGAAACGUGGCACGUGGCUGCUUCCCCCGGGUGUACGUUAAAUGAGAUGGCUUUAACUAGGGUGUGUGUGUGUGUGUGUGUGUGAGAGAGAGAGACAUAGAUGGGUACUGUACUGCGUUUCAAGAACAAAAAUGUUCCCUUUCAGAAGGAAAAAAAGUGGGAAAAAUAAGACCUUCGUGAGUGUGUUUUCUUUUCUGAGCCAGCUUCAGCUGUGUGUGUGUGUGUGUGUGUGUGUGUCCCGUUGAUUCAUUCAGUGUGAAAGCAGGUCGAGUGCACGUAAAGGAAACAGAAUAAAGAAGGAAAAAGUAUCCACGUUGAGUUCUUCUGCGUACUCUGUUACGGGAAACAAAAUAUAUAUAAUAUUUCUUUUUCUUCUCAAAAUAUCACUCGUGCUACUUUUUAGACUUUUGAUGUUACGACUUGAAGCAAAACAAAACUGGAAAUCUGCACUGUUUUAAGUGAUCGGUUAAAAUGGAGAAGGAUGGUGGCAGGGCUGUAGUACUCGAGUCCGGAAAAUCUUGUGCAUCGCUGGACUCUGAAUUGUCUUUGUCCUGGGUUGUGUUGGACUCUGAAUAGUCUUGGUCCUGGGUCGUGUUGGACUCGGAAGUGUCUUGAUCCUGGGCCCUGUUGGACUCUGAAUAGUCUUGGUCCUGGGCCUCGUUGGACUCUGAAUAGUCUUAGUCCUGGGCCUCGCUGGACUCUGAUUAGUCUUGGUCCUGGGCCUCGUUGGACUCUGAAUAGUCUUGGUCCUGGGCCUCGUUGGACUCUGAAUAGUCUUAGUCCUGGGCCUCGUUGGACUCUGAAUAGUUUUGGUCCUGGGCCUCGUUGGACUCUGAAUAGUCUUGGUCCUGGGCCUCAUUGGACUCUGAAUAGUCUUGGUCCUGGGCCUCGUUGGACUCUGAUUAGUCUUAGUCCUGGGCCUCGUUGGACUCUGAAUAGUCUUGGUCCUGGGCCUCGUUGGACUCUGAAUAGUCUUGGUCCUGGGCCUCGUUGGACUCUGAAUAGUCUUAGUCCUGGACCUCGUUGGACUCUGAAUAGUCUUGGUCCUGGGCCUCAUUGGACUCUGAAUAGUCUUGGUCCUGGGCCUCGUUGGACUCUGAUUAGUCUUAGUCCUGGGCCUCGUUGGACUCUGAAUAGUCUUGGUCCUGGGCCUCGUUGGACUCUGAAUAGUCUUGGUCCUGGGCCUCGUUGGACUCUGAAUAGUCUUGGUCCUGGGCCUCGUUGGACUCAGAAUUGUCUUGGUCCUGGGCCUCGUUGGACUCUGAAUAGUCUUGGUCCUGGGCCUCGUUGGACUCUGAAUUGUCUUGGUCUUGGGCUCGGCUAUUGAGAACCAGUCAAGUUGUUCCUGUGUGUUUUACGAGGAGUUAACAAGGCAAUUAAGCUACAACUUCGCUAUGUUUGCUAUUUACACCUUCGUUACAACUCGUCUGUUAUCUACUAUACAUUUUACCUGCAUUAACUGGAAUGAGCUGUUAUCCAAGCUGUGUGCACGCGGUUCCGCAGGAGAGAAGAGCAUUAGCAUCGGAAAAGACACUAAUGCUUAUCAUGGUCCUGAACUCAAUUGAGUUGGUCUUUACUACAGCCCUGGAUGGUGGUGACUUCUCCUUUUUCUUUUUCUGAAAUCUGUCCACAUCUCUGGGUAAUAACAUCUUAUAUUUUCAAACAGGAACUACUGUUUGUCGUAUAUUAUAUUCCCCCUUUAGUUUACCAGAGGAAAGGUACUGUUAAACACUCCAACCAUCUUUGGAAGCAUGAACCUAAAGUACACAAUUUCAACCUGAGCAAAGACAAACUAUUAUAAUAUUUGAAUUUUAAAUAAGGAUUAAUAACACUUUAACAUGCUUUAAAAUUACAGAAUAUGGUCACUAAACAACUAACAAUUAUUUAAUUAUUUUUUUAGUUACUUUUGGCCCAAGUUUGGUAAAAAAUAACCCAAGUUAAUGUCUCUAAUUUGCUUAAUUUAUCCGAUCACUAGUCCAAAACACGAACCUAUUCAAAUCAUAAUGAUUUAAAACAGAGUAAAGCUACGAAUGCUCAUAUUUUAGAAGCUUCAUAAAUGGCACAAAUAAUUAAUAAUUGAACAGUUUCAGCACUAAAGAGUUGAAGAGCUUCUUUCUUCCAGACUUGAACAGUAAAAAGCCCACCAACAAAGCUGUAGAUUAAACAUGAUAAACAUAACAUAAAAUAGACCAGUGGUGGUAAAUGGACCUUAAGUUGAAGAUUGUUUUUGUCAACUGUUGUUUCCAAGGUCAGGAAUGAACCGUCAAGCUCAACAUUUGUUAAUUUUGUGUAAAAGAACCAUUUUUCUCCUUUUAAUUUCUUAUUUAAUAUCCCGUCAAUCAUCUCACGACCCCUUAAGAACCACUGACAUCAAUGUAAAACGAACACGUACAGCUACGUCUGCAGGUUUCUCGCUGGUCCAGUCUUGCUACAUCUGCCAAGUGCCUGGCAAAGUUGUUGUUUUCGGCUUUUCACACCCGGAUUUCAUCCCAAAAGCCCCAAAGGAAACACCGGCUACUCCCGCCAACCUUUCCCUCUUUGUCCUCAGAACAUGUAACGUGCUGUUGUGAACCUUUUAAGUGCAAACAAUGAAGGGAAAUGGAGAGACGGUGAAGCGGUGACUAACAGUAGCACUUUACCUGCAGAGUGGUGACAGUGUGUGUGUGUGUGUGCGUGCGUGUAUGUGUGUGAGUGAGGAAGGUCGGGUUCAUCCUGUGUACUUGUUUCCGUUGCAGCGACUCCUCCUGCAGUGUGUCGACAGGCAGCAGAGCAUCGUCUUUGUUAACCAGUGGUGUUGCCUAACAUUGUAUUUCAUACUGAUCUCGAUGUUUUUCUCCUUUUCUUUUUUUUUUUUUUUUUUAUUUUAUUUAUGGGUAGUGUCGAUAGAGUUGUGCAUUAUUAUGAAGAAUUUUAUGUAUGAUUACAUUGAUUGUUUGAUUGUACAUUUAAAACAAAAAUAUGUAAAGAUUAAAAAUUUGUUUUAAAUUAAAAAGGAACAAAAAGAUUCAAGUUGCA